UUGGUGCGUGGACAAAAAUCAUAAAAACAGUGAUUAGUUUUUUAACUCUAAUUCGAUUUGUGUUAUUACAAUUAUAUAGUUUUAAACAAUUUAAAAUCAAUAAUUUAAAAAAAAAUUAUUCUCAAAAGCUAUGGUCAAGCUUAUAUACAAUGUGGAUCAAAAUAGUGAAAAACAUUUUUUUUUCUCUAAUUCGUACUCCAGUGUUAUAAAUCUGAGUAAUAGUAGCUACUAUCUGUUUCGAUGAGAUCUCGUUACUAAACAUUUCAUGAUAACUCUUCACUCAUUUUUAUGUGUCUAAGAUAUAAAGAAAUUAAAAGUUGUCCAUAAAUUUUUCAUCCUGGCUAACGAUUUAUCAAACAGUACCGGCCAAGUCGGUGGCGUAGAUAGCUCCGUCGGCGGUGGUGAAGGAUCGACUCAUAAUGCCACCAUUGGAUCCUCAAAUUCAUCAGCCAAUACAAAUUCUACAAACUCUUCGACGCCUCUUAAUAUCGAACAUCAGCAAUUCAAUAUUUUUCCUGCAAUUUUCAGUAGACAACUCAAUUUUACCUCCUCUUCUGCAUCUCAUUGUAGUCAAACGAAACUCAUGGAUGAUCUAAGACCUAAUCUUGGUUUGUUAGGUGUAAAUCUAAUGGAAAAUGACACAUUUCACAUUAAUCAUAAUCAAGAAAAAAGAAAGUGUAGCAGUACUAGUUCGAAUGAACAAGACUUCAUGUAUGCAGUACAUCAAAGUCUAGAAACAAAUCCAUCAAAUGUAUCGAUAGCGACAAGCAGAAACAGCACUAGUAAUACUUCUUUAGGAGAUAUUGGAGUGUUCAAAAAAUUAAAACCAGAUCCAUGUAUACCGAGCCCUCACAUAAGUCAUCCACCAAGCUGUCCCACUCCAGCUCGCAGACGACACAGAACAACUUUCACUCAAGAGCAAUUAAAUGAAUUGGAAUCAGCAUUUGCGAAAUCUCACUACCCAGAUAUCUAUUGCAGAGAAGAACUAGCUAGAAGUACUAAGUUAAAUGAAGCUAGAAUUCAGGUUUGGUUUCAGAACAGGAGAGCCAAAUAUCGUAAGCAAGAAAAACAAUUACAAAAAGCACUAGCACCCAUUCCAGCUUGUCAAAGCUCAAUGAUGAGAAAUAUUUACCCUGGAAGUACCAGAGGUUACCAGCCAUACCCUCACCCGCAUAAUACCAUAAAUGGGAUUAACCGAUAUCCACAGAUGAGUGGUGCAACUUACUCAGGUAUGACUCAGCCAUUUACAAUGACUCAUUCAACAUCUAAUAUGUCAGCAGUAGCUAGCAUGAGACAAGAAUCCGUAGGUAUAGCUGCCGAAGAUGAAUGGUAUAAUAAAAGCAUUUCAGCAUUACGAAUGAAUAGCACACAUCACCCAAAUUUGACUACUCCAAUGCUACAAUAUCAAACAUAACUCUGGAUGCUUCAAAAUGAAUAAAUAAAAAUUUUGUGUAAAUUUAAAAUCGAUAAAAAUUGUUUGUUAUUUUCUGCAAUCUAUGGUAAUAUUGUUUUAAAUAUACCCGACGAACUAAAAUCAUAAAAGAAUAAAUCAGUGAGUGUGAAUAUACGUGUAUACGUGUGAGUGUAAAUUAUCUGAAGUAAAAAAUUAACAAGAUUUACUAUUCAAACUUAUAUUAAAUUAGAUUUGCAAAUGUCCUUAAUAAAGUGCUGUAUACCAUAACGUACAGACUAUGAAAAAAUAAGAAAGCUGAUAAACUAUUUCACAUGAAUAACAAUUAUUUGUUGAUGAUUAUUUGCAGAUAAAUUUAGCUAUAUAAGUUUCAUUUACAUAUACCAUACAAUAAAAAUAGUUAAGUAGAAUUUCAAACCUUGUAACAUUUGGACUCUACGCUAAAAAUAAUUUUGAGUGCAAAUACAAUCUAAUAUAGGA